AUCAGGAUAAAAUGCCUAUUAAAUAACAGCUACAUUUACGGGUAUUACUUAUCGCUACAAAGUGUCCUAACUUCUCCAGCAGCCUGGACGAAACACGUUUAAGGUGCCUACGAAGAGAAGAGAAAACCCUUUAGAGCAGAGAAAGCCGAGCAGCAAACGACACAACAGUGAGAGCGGAGAAGUGAAAACCAGCCCAGCCACCUGCCCGCCCGAGAGUGCCGUGUCAUGGGGAAACAGAACAGCAAGCUGCGGCCCGAGGUCCUGAACGACCUGAGAGAAAACACAGAGUUCACCGACCACGAGCUGCAGGAGUGGUAUCGCGGCUUCCUCAAGGACUGUCCCACCGGCCACCUGACUGUGGAGGAGUUCAAGAAGAUCUAUGCCAACUUCUUCCCCUACGGAGACGCCUCUAAGUUUGCUGAGCAUGUCUUCCGCACGUUUGACACCAACGGCGACGCCACCAUCGACUUCAGGGAGUUCAUCAUCGCCCUGAGCGUAACGUCUCGUGGCGGGUUAGAGCAGAAGCUGCGCUGGGCCUUCAGCAUGUACGACCUGGACGGGAAUGGGUACAUCAGCCGGGCAGAGAUGCUGGAGAUAGUUCAGGCAAUUUACAAGAUGGUAUCAUCAGUGAUGAAGAUGCCUGAGGACGAAUCAACACCAGAAAAAAGGACAGAUAAGAUUUUCAGACAGAUGGACAUUGACAACGAUGGUAGAUUGUCUUUGGAGGAGUUCAUUAAAGGUGCCAAGAGCGACCCAUCCAUUGUCAGACUGCUGCAGUCGGAUCAGGGAGCCUCUCGUCAGUUCUGAGCACAGAGACAAUGACAGACACACACUCUCUUAAAACGCAAUCGCAAACCCACAUCCACCCAGCUUUAUGCUGUUCACCUGAUAAUGGCUUGGCCCCCCCCCCAGGUCAACAGACAAUCCUUUCAUUUUAAUGACACUCCAUGUCUUAAUGUUUACAUUAAUGGAUACUUUUCAAUCUGGCUCCUUUUCUGUGGACUAUGUGCUUUCAGUUGAAGUAUUCUGUGUAUUCGCUUUUCCAAAGCUCUCCUGCCUUGAAAUGGUGUUUUCUGUAAGUGAAGUGCCAUAUCAUAUAUUUAUACAGACUGGUUAUGUGCUCGGAAGUAUUAUGGCCCCAUUACGUUACACUAAGAGGAAACUAAUUACAUCACUUCAUAUAAUUUGAUUGGAUUUAGCUGUGCUGAAAAGUGGCUUAUUGUUGUUCAGUAUGUCAACUGUAGCUUAACAAGUUGCUGUUCUGAACAAGUUCUAUAUGCCUUGGUAUUGCAUGCGCUUGGUGAUAAUGCGUUUUCUGAUAUUGUAACAGUUUAUGUGAAUAAGGAGGCUGUGAUUGUUUUUAUUCCUUUUUAUUUUUGUAACAAAAAUGUAAUUUUGUUUUCACACAAUUGAAAUAAAGUCGUGUAAGAAAAAUCUACACAAGAA